AUGUCCGACGACAGUUCAAGCCCCCUCACAACUCUCAAAAUCCUGAUUAUCGGCGAAAGUGGCGUAGGGAAGUCGAGCUUAAUGCUACGAUUCGUGGACGAUGUCUUCGAUCCUGAGCAGGCUGCAACGAUAGGCGUGGAUUUCCGCGUAACUUCAAUGGCAAUCGACGGAAAUCGUGUAAAACUCGCAAUUUGGGACACCGCCGGCCAGGAGAGGUUCCGUACCCUCACGCCGAGCUAUUAUCGUGGAGCACAGGGCGUAAUUUGCGUGUAUGACGUCACUAGCCGCAGCUCCUUCGAGAAAUUGAAUCAUUGGAUGCAAGAAGUCGAUACUUAUUGCACAAAUGACAAUAUUAUCAAGAUGAUGGUCGCGAACAAGAUUGAUAUGCCAAAUCGAGUGGUAACCCGCGAGGAAGGCCUAAAAUUCGCAAAACGCCACCGCACACUAUUCAUUGAAGCUUCUGCGAAGACUAAGGAGGGUGUACAGUGCACAUUUGAGGAGCUUAUCGAGAAAAUCAUUCAAACGCCCGACUUAUGGGACAAUGACCGCCCGUCUUUUCGGUUGGGACAACCGACGGGCUCCAGUGGUGGCGGCGGAAUGUGUGGAUGCUAGGAAAUUCUCGCGGAAAAUUCGUUCAUUUUGACAUAAAAUCGAUAUUUUUACUGUAAAAUUCAUCAAUUUUCACCUAAAAUCCUGUUUUUUUCAUGUAAAUUGUCAAAAUUUGACCUAAAAUCCUGUUUUUUCCAUGUAAAAACGUGAAUUUCGGUUUAAAAUCGCCAAUUUUCCCUCAAAAUCGCCGUUUUUUCCAUAUAAAAAUGUCCAACUUUG